ACGUUCUUCCCAUUUCUUCCGAAGGAAUCUCUUACCUCCUUGUUGGUUAAACCCCACUACUGGUCUACUCUUUCCCAUCGGAGUGCAUUUCCAUCAAAACCGCAGCAUUCCCACCAUUUUCUAUCUACAAAAGCAGUGCUGUGCUCUUCAGCUCCAAGGCCGAUAUUUAUGGUUUUGUGGGCUUGUAGGACUUGUAGCUAGCUUGUCGAGAAGGCAAUGGGUGUUCCCAGUAGAGUGUUGCGGUUGUGGUGGGUGGGAGUGUUGGUCUUGUGGUGGAGCGGCGGGGCUGCAAUGGCUCAAGAGAAGUACAAGGACCCGAAGCAGCCGGUGGGGGCCAGAGUGAAGGAUCUGCUGGCGCGGAUGACUCUGGCGGAGAAGAUUGGGCAGAUGGUUCAGAUUGAUCGGAGUGUCGCCUCUGCUCAAGUCAUGAGGGAUUACUUCAUUGGCAGCGUGUUGAGUGGGGGAGGGAGUAUACCGCUUCCUCAAGCUACUGCUGCAGAUUGGGUUGCAAUGGUUAAUGGCUUCCAGAAUGGAUCAUUAUCUUCCCGUCUUGGGAUCCCAAUGAUAUAUGGGAUUGAUGCUGUCCAUGGACACAACAAUGUCUAUAAUGCUACCAUUUUCCCACAUAAUAUUGGCCUUGGAGCUACUAGGGAUCCCGAACUUUUGCGAAGGAUUGGGGAUGCUACAGCCAUUGAAGUCAGAGCCACAGGGAUUACUUAUGUCUUUGCUCCUUGCAUUGCAGUUUGUAGAGAUCCUAGAUGGGGUCGGUGUUACGAGAGUUAUAGUGAAGAUCAGAAGGUUGUUCAAGAGAUGACAGACAUUAUACUCGGGUUGCAAGGAGAAAUCCCGAAUGGUUCAAGGAAGGGUGUUCCUUUUGUUGAUGGAAAAAAGAAGGUUGCUGCUUGUGCAAAGCACUUUGUUGGUGAUGGGGGCACGACAAAGGGUGUUGAUGAGAGUAACACUGUAACUGACAUGCACACGUUACUGAGCAUCCACAUGCCUGCCUAUUCCGAUGCAAUUAUUAAAGGCGUCUCAACAAUCAUGGUUUCAUACUCGAGCUGGAAUGGAAAGAAAAUGCAUGCAAACCGUGAUCUAAUUACUGGGUUCCUAAAGGGUACCCUUAAGUUCAAGGGAUUUGUUAUAUCAGACUGGCAGGGUAUUGACAGGAUUACUUCUCCUGCUGAUUCAAACUACACAUAUUCUGUUCAGGCUGGCAUUUUAGCUGGCAUAGACAUGGUUAUGGUGCCUUACAAGUAUACGGAGUUCAUUGAUGAGCUUACUUCCCUCGUAAAGAGCAACAUUGUUCCAAUGGAUCGUAUUAAUGAUGCAGUAGAGAGGAUUUUAUUAGUUAAGUUCACCAUGGGACUCUUUGAGGACCCGUACACUGAUCUAAGUCUGGUCCACGAGGUUGGAAGCCAGGCACACAGGAAUUUAGCAAGAGAAGCCGUUAGGAAAUCUCUUGUACUACUGAAAAAUGGGAAAACUGCGAAUGACAGAUUAUUACCUCUUCCCAAGAAGGUGCCCAAAAUUUUGGUUGCUGGUAGCCAUGCUGAUAACUUGGGUUACCAAUGUGGUGGAUGGACAAUCAAUUGGCAGGGUUUUAGUGGCAACAAUGCUACAAGUGGAACGACCAUCCUUGGUGCCAUAUACUCUACAGUAGACAAGGACACCGAAGUUGUUUACAGGGAGACUCCUGACGCUGAUUUCAUCAAAUCAAAUGACUUCAACUAUGCUAUCGUUGUUGUUGGUGAGCCCCCGUAUGCUGAGAUGGCAGGGGACAGUCCAACGCUUGAAAUAGCAGACCCCGGGCCUGAUGUCAUUAAAAGUGUCUGUGGAUCAGUGAAGUGCGUUGUGGUCAUCAUAUCUGGUCGCCCACUCGUGGUAGAACCAUACGUUUCAUCAAUCGAUGCACUUGUAGCAGCCUGGUUACCUGGCACAGAAGGUCAAGGCGUGACGGAUGUCCUCUUUGGGGACUAUGGUUUUACUGGAAAACUCUCGAAAACAUGGUUUAAAACCGUAGAUCAACUCCCAAUGAAUGUUGGUGACUUGCAUUACGACCCGCUGUUUCCAUUUGGAUUCGGGCUAACAACAAAUUCCUCCGUUGCCAGAGUAGCAUCAGGUGGUGUUGAUAAGCGGCCAUACUUCUUCGCCAUCGCGCUUUCUGUAUUUAUUGGACUGUAUUUCCAAGUAAUUAAGAGGAGAGAGUUGAGAAGUUGGGAAAGAAUCAUAAAUCCAAGCAGAUUCAUUUCAUCACAUUUAUUCAAUAAUUUUGGAAGGAAUGGUGGGCCCUCAAUCCAGCUGAGCCAUGCACAGUCUUCUUCAGAAUCAUCACAAUUAUUAUAACUAUUCCCAUUCAUAAUGGAAAAAGUAAAAUAAAUAAAAUAACAAAGAAAAAUGAUCCCGAGCACUAUGUUGAAUUGUAUUAUUAAUCACGACUCACCUUGUAAGAUGGUAUGAGCAAGGUGGAUAAAUUAAAUUGUAUAUUUUUCAUUUA